AUGACCGAGGUAGCCAGUCGUGCCAUUCUACACAGGAGGCGAACACAGAGCAGCGAGCUAGCAGCACUGGAGAUACGUAAGAUUGCGGUGCACUGCAACUUGGGAGCUCCAUCCAACAUGGGCUUCGAGCGUGGCCCAUCUCAGUUCGAGUACGGACUAUGGAACAUGUCCACGGUCCUGAGCAUGGAAGAUCGGAUAUCCAAAUGA